CCUUUUGUCAUGUAGAAAUGUUUUUUGUGACUAACUGACAUACAGUAUCUCUCUUGUAUGUGAUCGACCUGCUGAUUGAACAGAGACGUGAGGAGCAGUUAUGAGUUUAACAGCAGCAGCGAAUGGAUUUGUUGUCUUCCUUCUCUCUGUACAAGUGAUACAGGGUCAGAAUGACUGGGGAGUGACUUACAGCUCUACUAAGCUCUGUGCCUUAAAAGGAUCAACAGUGGACAUACGCGGCACAUACAGAUACCCAUCCAGAAUAUAUGGCCGUGAUACUACAGUUGAGAACACAUUCUGGUUUACUAAAGUGAAUGGAGAUGUACCUGUGGAUCUGAGAACAGACUCAGAGUAUUCAGGUCGUGUUCAGUAUCACUGUGACAACAACAUCUGCACUCUGAGAAUCACAGACCUGAGAGAGAGCGACUCAGCUGAGUACAAGUUCAAGUUCAUAACAAACCAACCAGGUGGAAGUUAUACUGGUUUACCUGGAGUCACUUUGUUGGUCACAGGUCUCCAGGUGCUGGUCAGCAUAACGCAUCCCACCAUGUAUCCUACCUGGAGAGAGCUGAAGUGUCAAAGCAGUUGUCGUCUACCUGAUCAUCCUUCCUACGUCUGGUACAAAAAUGGACAGAAAAUUCCAACAGUAACAUCUUCAUCUUAUUCAGGCUACUUUUACUCUGCAGACAGUUAUUCCUGUGCUGUUAAAGGACAUGAGGAUUCCCCCUCUCCUUCAGUGUGUGUCUUUGGUCAAUCCUGCAACAGAGUGACUUACACUGACAGAAGCAUCUGUGCCUUCAAAGGCUCAUCAGUGGACAUUUCUUCCAACUACAACAGUCAUAAAACUAUCAGAUCUAAAUUCUGGUUCAGUUCUGAACGUAUUCAUCAGUGGCAGAGUCCCUCACAGUCUGAGGACCUCAGUGAAGACUCCCAGUAUGCAGGUCGUGUUCAGGUCCUUGAAACAGAGAGAGGACGCUCCACUCUGAGAAUCACUGACCUGAGAGAGAGCGAUUCAGCCCAGUAUCGCUUCAAAUUCACAGCAGGAAGCUUUGAAUGGAACAGUAUUUUACCUGGAACAACUCUGACUGUCACAGCUCUGCAGGUUCAGGUGACCAGAAUAAAAGUCUAUCAGUCUUAUACUGAGGCAGAGCUGAAGUGUCACAGCAGCUGCAGUCCAGAUGGUCGUCUUUCCUACGUCUGGUUCAGAAACAGAACAGAAAUCCCAUUGACGGAAAUGUCUAUUAAAUACCAGUUUUAUUCCGGAGACAUCAUCACUUGUGCUUUGAAAGGACAUGAGAAUUACAGCUCUCCCUCAGUGUAUGCUCCGAGGCCUCCCUCUGUGUCAGUGAGUCCCUCUGGUGAGAUAGUGGACAACAGUACAGUGACUCUGAACUGUAGCAGUGAUGCUAACCCAGCAGCUAAUUAUACCUGGAACAAGAAGAAUGGAGAUCCAGACCUUCAUCCUCUCAGUAAAGAACCACAGCUUGUCUUCAGGUCCAUCCAGUCCUCUGACUCUGGAGAGUAUAACUGUACAGCUGAGAACGAGCUGGGGAGGAGAACAUCUCAAUACAUCUCUAUUAAUGUGAAAUGGAACUCAACAGUGAUGAUAAAUAUCAUCAGGUUGACUCUGGUGGUUGUGAUGCCGAUUCCUCUGCUACUGUUUUGUCUGUGGAUGAGGAAGAAGAAAACUCUGAGCUCCAGCACUGAACCAAAUGAACCCACAGAGACUAUGGAGCUGCAGUCUGUUUCUGAUCAUAUCAACGUCUCCGCCUUGAACAGCGUCACUGCAGCACAGACAGAAGACACAGAGGAGCAGGAACACCUGGUGUGAAGGUCCGUCAGAUGCAGUCAAACCAGAGGGGACUCACCUGGAUGGAGACAGAGACAAGUACAACACUGAAGUAGUCCAGUGGAGAGCGAGGCUGUGGAGGAUGUGGGGGAAGUGGAUACAUUUACCUUCAACUCCAAAAGUUUUCAUGUUGAGUUUUCAGUAGCAGCAGCAGGUAGGAGUCAGCAGCACAGGCAGUCAGCAGCAGCAUGGAGCAGAAGAUCUGAGGAGAGGGCAAGCUUUAUUUUUACCUGUGCACCUACAUUACAUAUGCUAAUGAUUGCAAAAUGCUAUUUUAAGUUUUAAUGUGAUAAUCUGCCUUUAAUAAAUACUGAUUGUCCUGUCACAUGUCACCUGUCCUGGCAGAGAAAGCCAAUAAACUCUGUUCAAACAGACACGUUGAACUGGAAGCACAAUAUUUCACAGCAUGUACAGAAUAUAUUUAAAUACAUUGAAAUCAAACAUAAGCCCAGCUCUAUCUCACUUUGUUAGCUGGAACAUUUUCAAUGUAUUGCAGUGGCUGAUUGAAAUAAACAUCCAGCUUCCACAACAACUCUGUAGUUUGAACAUCAUUUCAGUUCCCUCUCACUGCUGCAGAGGGCGACAGUGUGCACAAAGUUUGAGAUUUCAGCUUUAAACAAACUCUUUUUGUGUUUAUUAUCCAGAAUAAAGUUUGUAUUUAUCAGUAAUGAACACAAAUAAAAUGUAAAUCAGUUUGUUUGCUCUGA